AUGAACCGGGGACCACGGACCGUGAACGGUCACUUCUGCCGGGCGCUGGUGGAGCGGGGACCGACGGCGCCCCCCGGCGGCGGCAUGCAGCUGGGGCCCGCGCCCCCGCCCCGGCCCGCGCCCCUGCCCGCGGAGCCCCCGGGCGCCGUGCCCUUCCUGCUGUUCCCGGGCCCCGCCGCCGCCUACGCGGGCCUGUUCCCCUGCGCGCCCGGGCCCGGCGCCCUGGGCGCCUACGACUGCGCCUUCGAGCCCGCCUUCAUCCACAAGCGCAACGAGCGCGAGCGGCACCGCGUGCGCUGCGUGAACGAGGGCUACGCGCGCCUCCGCGGGCACCUGCCGCGCGCGCUGGCCGAGCGGCGGCUGAGCAAAGUGGAGACGCUGCGCGCCGCCAUCCGCUACAUCCGGCACCUGCAGGAGCUGCUGCGCGCGCCCGACGGCCCCCCGCGGCCCGAGCCCGUGCGCGACGCCCCGCCGCCCGCGGGCGCCCACCUCCCCGCCUCGCCGGGCCCGGAGCCCGAGGAACCCAGCCAGUGA